UUGAGCUAAAUAAAAAAGAGGAAAUUGAACAGGGAGCACGAACAGACUCGAGUCAAGGAAACACUGCAGCGAGCAAGCUGCACCUACUAGCAUCACCAGCGCGACAUCAAUCCCGAGCGAGCGGGGCUGCAGAUUUCACUCAGGACCAGUGACAGGUCGGAAUCUUAGUUUCCCGGUCAUCCACGCCUCUCUGACGUUGCCAUGGCUCCGACGCUUGCCACUGCUCACGCCCGGCGCUGGUGGAUGGCGGUCACCGCGGUGAUUGAGAACCUCCUCUUCUCCGCCGUGCUCCUGGGCUGGGGAUCGCUCCUCAUCAUGCUCAAGUCCGAGGGCUUCUAUGCCUACCUCUGCCACGAACCAGAGAACCGGACUAACAGCUCUGUAGAUGGGAACACCAUGGACGUGGUGAUCCGCAUGAACGGCUGGCUGAUCUGCAAGGAACAGGACGAGAUGCUGAACCUGGCCUUCACCGUGGGCUCCUUCCUGCUGAGCGCCAUCACCCUGCCCCUGGGCAUCGUCAUGGACAAAUACGGGCCCCGCAAACUGCGUCUGCUCGGAAGUGCCUGCUUUUCUGUGUCCUGCAUACUCAUCGCCUAUGGAGCAAGUAACCCAAACUCCCUGUCGGUGCUCAUCUUCAUCGCUCUGUCUCUCAAUGGCUUUGGUGGGAUGUGCAUGACCUUCACCUCCCUCACAUUGCCGAACAUGUUUGGGGAUCUGCGAUCGACCUUCAUUGCUCUGAUGAUCGGCUCUUACGCCUCCUCUGCUGUCACAUUCCCUGGGGUUAAGGUGAUCUAUGACCUGGGCGUAACCUUCAUCACUAUCUUGUUGGUGUGGGCGGCCUGUUCUGGUCUCGUCUUCAUCAACUGCUUCUUCAACUGGCCGCUGGAGCCCUUCCCUGGACCUGAGGACAUGGACUACACGGUGAAGAUCAAGUUCAGCUGGCUGGGCUUCGACCACAAGAUCACAGGGAAGCAGUUCUACAAGCAGGUGACCACAGUGGGGAGGCGGCUCAGCGUGGGCAACUCCAUGAAGCAGCACCCCAAGGACCUGGCCACGCAGGAGGGCAACAAGCUGUGCCUGUCCACCGUCGACCUGGAGGUCAAGUGCCAGCCCCAGGCUGAAGAGACCCCCUCGUUCAUGCGCAGUAUCUUCAGCCCCAUCUUCAUGCUGAGUCUCGUCACCAUGUGUGUCACCCAGCUCCGCCUCAUCUUCUACAUGGGAGCCAUGAACGGAAUCCUGGAGGCACUCGUCGACGGCAACCUGGACACAGUUGGAAAGAUGAAUGUUGUGAGUCUCUACACCUCCAUCUUCGGAGUCCUGCAGCUGCUCUGCCUGCUCACAGCGCCCGUCAUCGGAUACAUCAUGGACUGGAAGCUGAAGGAGUGCGACGACGGCUCAAAGGAGGACGACGAGAAAGAGCCCAGCAAGGAUGGGAAACAGCCGAAGAAACGGGACCGGCAGAUCCAGAAAAUCACCAACGCCAUGCGAGCCUUCGUCUUCACCAACCUGCUGCUGGUGGGGUUCGGGGUCACCUGCCUCAUCCCCAACCUGCCUCUCCAGAUUAUCUCGUUUAUUUUGCACACGGUCGUCAGAGGAUUCAUCCACUCUGGAGUCGGAGGCCUUUACGCUGCUGUAUACCCCUCGACGCAGUUCGGCAGCCUCACGGGGAUGCAGUCUCUGAUCAGCGCUCUCUUCGCUCUGCUCCAGCAGCCCCUCUUCAUGGCGAUGAUGGGUCCGCUCGAGGGAGACCCUCUCUGGGUGAACGUCGGGCUGCUGGGUCUCAGCAUGCUGGGGUUCUGCCUCCCUCUCUAUCUGAUCUACUUCCGCCAGCAGCUUCAGAGACAGAAGAAGCAGAAGGAAGAAGACGCAUCGCUGUUUGUGAAAAUCAAUGGCAGCAACACACAGGAGGCUUUCAUAUAGGACGAAUUCAAGAGACAGGACUCUGAAUCCAGCGUGUCCACACCACUAGCUCCCUAUUACUCUCUCUCUCUCUGUCUCACUCACUCACACACACACACACACACACACACACACACACACACACACACACACACACACACACACACACACACUCACACACACACUCACACACACACACACACACACUCACACACACACACACACACACACUCACACUCACACACACACACACUCACACACACACUCACACACACACACACACUCACACACACACACACACACACACACACACACACACACACACACACUCACACACACACUCACACACACAAGGGUAUUAUCUCCUGCACUGGUUUUUGCCACUCCGAAAAUCAAGACCUGACUGGAUCUGACUCGAGCGUGAGGUGAGAGGGGAGAGCAGCCGCACAGCCUCGUCCGAGCCGUGGUCAAUAUUUUAUUUUUAUCUUCAUUUCACUGUUUCUGUGGGAGAAGAAUUUCAUCUUGGACCGACCCGCCUUGAAAAACGAAAUACCCCGUCCUGUUAAGAGCGUGAAACCGUAAUCGUAAAGAGGUCACUGCCAACCAAGGGAGGUCAUCUUUUUUUUCGUAAAACUUUUACAAUCACCAUUUAGAACAGAGAAACCUCUCGGAACGUUUUGUAAACUUUUACAACGUCACGUUUUUUUUUUUUUUGGUUUUUUUUUUUAGAAGGUUGUAAACUUUUACAAAACCUCUUUUCUCAGUGUUUCCUUUUGCGGCUGGAGUGUUUAAAUGCGUUUUCACCCGUGUGACGGUUUUUAAGUUUCUUAAUAAGACAGUUUAAACGUGUUAGCCGAUGCACUCUGGAAGAAAAGAAAAAAAAAAAAACCUUGAUCGUUUUAACUGUCUUAUUGGUGCUAUUUUAAUAGUAAUCCUUCACAGAAGAGGAAACUGUCAUACUUUCACAAAGAUCUUUAGGAGCUUUCGCAAGCCUGUUAGAUGCACAAAGCUGCUGCAGAAGACCCCAGGCCAGUUUCUACAAUAUUGAACCGUCCUAUACAGCACAGCCCUGUGUCAGUGGCUUAGCUAUUGUUUUAACCUUUAAUAUAUCAAAUUUAGCCAAGCGAAAGCAUGCAUGUCUCCCAGCAACGACAACAACAGUGUCAUCAGUUUGCGGUUUGCUUAUCUGUUGUUCUCAGAGUUUGGUGACUGUUUUGAAGAGGAAUGAUUGAAGGACAGUCCAGAUUAAGGACAUUGAGACCGGGAGCUCUUCUGGAAGUCAGUGGGGUGAGGUUAAGGAUUCCCCGUGGACACCGGUGCCUCAUUGCAUUUCAGUCCUGGGGAAACAGCCAUGUGUGCAGCUUCUGGACACAGCAGCACUGUGUGAAAAUGCAAGGGUUCACUUUCGAUUUGAUUUUGUAUUACUAUAGCCACUAUUAUACCAGUAUGUUGUAUUAUUGUUAUUAUUAUUAUUAUUAUUAUUAUUAUUAUUGUUGGUGUUAUUGUUAUUAUUGGCUGAUUGGCAGAAUUCCCUGCUGGUUUAACGUGAUCACACCAGUUAUCAUGACGCAGAGGAUCUGUUAUACAGCGUGUGCAGCCUGUAUUGCCCUGAGCUCACUACUCUGUAGUUAAUGAAUUAUUACCCCAACUCAACAUGCAGAUUUGCACUUAACUACUUAACAGAAAGACAAUGAGGUGCACGCUAAUGCUUCUGUGUCCCGCCAGGCGCUGUAACAGAUCCCAAAGUCAGCAGUCUGUGUUAAUCGAUAGCCAGCGAUCACUUUGGGCAGAUUGUAUUAAUGGAUAACUGCCUGCUUCUAAUCCACUCCAGUCUUACCGAUCUAUAAUGACGAGCAUGCCCGCGGCCUGUAAUAGAGCGGGCUUUCUCAUUGGUGCCAUGCUUGAGGAGGCGCUUGUUAAAAGAGAGCCAGCCCCCCUAUGGCAUGCUGCAUGACCGCAGUACCUCAAGUUAACCCCUGCUGUUCCAGAAAGACAGCUCUCAACUGCCAACCCCUGUCUGCUGCAUGUGGGGAAUGUAUUUAUACAAGGCAGCGCAACACGAGUCAUUUAAAAAAAAAAAAACAAAGACGUUAAACAAUAUAAUAAAGAAAUGCCUCAUUUGAAUAGCUUCAGAAGCCUUGUGUUUCCCUUUGAUUUGUAUGCUGUCUGUUCUCAUUGUCUUAUAGAAACUAUAGACUGGGUAGAGCUGAGGCGUUGAUUAUUGAGUAAUCAGUGUUACAAAGACGAUGGACAGCACUGAACUUACUGGCAUUUGAAGCUAUUUACUAAGGACAUUAUCACACUGUUAAUGGAAGAAAAAAAAUACACACACUUAAAUGUUUUGUUUGGAUUUCUUACACAGCGGAUGGCGCCUCCUGGUGGCCACAUGCAGUAACUGUGGUUAUCUUUGUUUGUGCUUUUGUAAAAAAUCUCAAGGAAACAUGAAUUCUGAAUGACUGUAUGCACACUCCUAAUUAAUUAAUGUGCAUAUAUACAGUCAGACCUGUUUUACAUGAUCACUUAUAGGAUCACUGGCAGAUACAAGUGGUUGAAGUUUGAGAGAUUCAUCUAUACAGGUUUGACUGCAUGUACUGACACAGACCCAAGUGUACUCCUGCUGAAGUAUUGCAUAUACAGUAUUAUAUGUGCUUCAUAUACAGCUCAUGUACACAAAAGAAAAUAAAUGGCGGAAUCUCAA